GUGCGGCCCACGGGUCGUCGGGGCUUCUCGCCCCAGCCGUUGCCUCCCGACUUGUCCGGGCUUGGCGAGUGGGCCGGCAGCGCGUGCCUUCCUAGAGAAGCGGCGGACCUCAGGGGCGCAGGAGCCUCGGGCGGCCAGGGUCGGGGUCCAGGCCCGAUCUCGCGGGCGCCCUGGAUGCCCCCGCGGCCCAGCAGGCACCGGAUCCGUUUGCAGAGGGAGCGUGUGUCCCUUGGAGAGCUGUUACACGAAAGAAGAAACAUGGAAAGUGGUGCGGUUCUGCUGGAAUCCAAAUCCUCACCAUUCAACCUUCUGCAUGAAAUGCAUCAGCUACGCCUUCUUGGUCACCUGUGUGAUGUGACUGUCAGCGUGGAGUACCAGGGCGUCCGUGAAGAGUUCAUGGCUCAUAAAGCUGUGUUGGCAGCCACCAGCAAAUUCUUUAAGGAGAUGUUCCUUAAUGAGAAGACUGUAGAUGGUACGAGGACUAACGUUUAUCUAAAUGAAGUACAAGUUGUUGACUUUGCCUCAUUUCUCGAGUUUGUGUACACUGCAAAGGUACAGGUAGAAGAAGAUCGGGUGCAGCGAAUGCUGGAAAUGGCUGAGAAACUAAAAUGUCUGGACUUAUCAGAGACUUGUUUUCAGUUGAAGAAACAGAUGUUAGAAUCUGUACUUCUGGAGUUGCAGAACUUCUCUGAGUCUCAGGAGGCAGAAGGGAGCGGUAACUCCCAAGCUGCUGUUGCUCCUGACCCCAGGGCAAGUUCCCCAGGGGACAGUCCUCUCACUAAUGGCCUUGGGGAUUCCUCAGAUCCCCUAGUAGAGACAAUCAGCAAUGGCGUGUUGCCAGAUAUGCCCCUGAAGAAGUCCAAGGAGAAACCUGACAAGAAAAAAGAUGCAAUCAAGCCUCCCUACCCCAAAAUCAGAAGGGCCAGUGGAAGGCUGGCUGGAAGAAAGGUGUUUGUGGAAAUCCCUAAAAAGAAAUACACAAGAAGGCUGCGAGAGCAGCAGAAAAGUGCCGAGGACGACAUGGGGGACUGCCAAAGCCCCGAGGAUCCCAACCCAGAGGCCAUGGGAGCAGAGGUGGAGCCCAUCACAAAGCGUGAGGAGGGCGGAGUGGGAGUGGAGGCAGCCCAGGAGCUGCCAAAAGCAGGCAGUAGGGAGGACGCAGGAGGCGUGGAGGAGGAGGAUGACGAGGAGGAGGAGGGUGAGAAGAGGAAGAGCAACUUCAAGUGCACUAUCUGUGAAAAAGCCUUUCUGUAUGAGAAGAGCUUCCUGAAACAUAUCCGGCACCACCAUGGGGUGGCCACUGAGGUGGUUCAUCGCUGUGACACGUGCGGCCAGACCUUUGCCAACCGCUGCAACCUCAAGAGCCACCAGCGCCAUGUGCACAGCAGCGAGCGCCACUUCCCAUGCGAGCUGUGCGGCAAGAAGUUCAAGCGGAAGAAGGAUGUCAAGCGGCACGUGGUGCAGGUGCACGAGGGUGGUGGCGAGCGCCACCAGUGCCAGCAGUGCGGCAAGGGCCUGAGCUCCAAGACAGCGCUGCGACUGCACGAGCGGACGCACACAGGCCACAAGCCCUAUGGCUGCACCGAGUGCGAGGCCAAGUUCUCGCAGCCCUCGGCACUGAAGACCCACAUGAGAAUUCAUACAGGGGAAAAACCUUUUGUCUGUGAUGAAUGUGGUGCAAGAUUCACUCAGAACCACAUGCUGAUUUAUCAUAAAAGGUGUCACACAGGUGAAAGACCUUUCAUGUGUGAAACAUGUGGCAAGAGUUUUGCUUCUAAGGAGUAUUUAAAACAUCACAAUAGAAUCCAUACUGGAUCCAAACCCUUUAAAUGUGAAGUUUGUUUCAGGACUUUUGCCCAGCGGAAUUCACUCUACCAGCACAUUAAAGUCCAUACAGGGGAACGUCCUUAUUGCUGUGACCAGUGUGGGAAGCAGUUCACCCAGCUCAACGCUCUCCAGCGUCACCAUCGCAUCCACACGGGGGAGAAGCCAUUCAUGUGUAACGCGUGUGGGCGGACAUUCACUGACAAGUCCACCCUGCGGCGGCAUACCUCGAUACAUGAUAAGAAUACUCCAUGGAAGUCUUUCCUUGUUAUUGUAGAUGGCUCACCCAAGAGCGAUGACACGCACAAGACUGAGCAGCUGGAUGAAGAAUAUACGUCAUCCAAACUUUCGGAUAAAUUGCUGUCUUUUGCAGAAAAUGGCCAUUUUCACAACCUUGCCACAGUCCAAGGCAGUGUGUCCACAGUGCAUGAGAACAGUUCUGCAGACCCAGCCUGCAAGUCGGACGAUUGCGUGGUGUCUCAGGACACACUGCUGGCCACUACCAUCAGUGAGCUCAGUGAGCUGACUCCACAGGCAGACACGAUGCCAACACAGCUUCACUCGCUGACCAACAUGGAAUGAGAGCUUUGGUGCCUGCCAGGCAGAUCCUACGCUGCAUCUCUGCAUGUGUGAUUGCUGUAUGCAGGUUCAUGUCAGGGGCUAAGACGAAUUGUCUGCGAGCAGAGUGGGCAAUACCUUCUGCACAUUUUCCUGAAUCUCUGCUAACUUGCACGUCUUUAUCAAAGCAUUUUUAGAGCUUCCCCUUAAAAAAUCCUAGUCUGCAUGAUUUCAGCUAUGCUUGAUCGACAAAGCAGUUAACAUGACCUCACUGGAUCCUGGUGCAGGUCGUAUGCAUAACGCUUGUCCUGAUGUGUAGGAAGUUUGGACAACUAUGGAAAUGUAGAAUACAGAGCCCUGGCCCAGCUCAUGAAGUUUAUGUUAGUGAUCUCCCUGGUCUCUCAGCCUGCCUUACCCCUCUGUGUGGGUUUAGUUUCCUGAUAAUUUUAAGCUAUUUUUCUACCAAGCUGAAAUAAAACUGGGACCAUGUAUUUUCAGCUCUUUGCUGUUGAACAGAAGCAAGUCGAUUUGCUUGGGGACCCUUGAGUUGGGACUGAAGAAAUGGAUGGUUGCAUUCAUUCUCUUCCACCUCCUGUCUGUAGGCACUAAAAAAGGAAUGACAAUUUGAACACUUGAAAAAUAGCUUUCUGUAAUCUGUACUCACAGCACAUUCACAGCUAGGAAGUUGGCCGUAGAGUGACUGCUGAAAUGAAGUGUAGCUGUUGGGUUUCAUUCCUAAAGUCUGAUUAGGUAAAAGCUGUCCUACCAAAGAUUCUAGCAGCAAAUGGUGUAGUGUUUUUGCAGAAGUGUAAAAAAGUAAAGUAAGAGGCUUUAGAACACUUGAAACACUGUGGAGUCCUUUUAUUCACAAGUAGCAAUGAGGUGAUCUGGCAAAUCUUAGAACACAGAGUGUUAGUAUUUUUGGCUAGGUUUUCCUGACUUAACUCUGUGACUUUCAGAAAUGCAGAAUUCCUCUUUUAUGUAUCAAGAGCUUGAAACAGGUAAGUAGUUCCCUCACAUUUCUUUCCUUGGGAACAUGUGAGCACAUAAGCAGAAGGGACCAAAACCCUUGGAACUUGUCUUUGAUUAUGCCUUAAGAAUAGAUUGUGAAGAACCAGGAACUUUGCCUUCAGUGCUCCUGUGGCUGGCUCAUGCUGGCCUUCUGCUUAAAAUGAAUUUGCAGUGAAGUUAAUUCUUUAUUUGCUAAGCCUGAUUCUUGGUUCCAGUGGCUUGGAUGUGUGGCCGCAUGCUAAGUGCUUUGACUCACAUGUAACCCUAAACAUAAUAAUUUAAAGAGAGAACCCGAAGAGUUUUUUUGUUCACUAGUUGUUUUCCUUGUAUUUUAAUUUAUUAAACUUGCUGUGAAAACAUGUUCACUUUCUAAGAGAAAGGUACUUUAUCCUAAGUUCCAGGAUGAAGAUACAGCUGUACCAUGCCAGAAACUAAUGUGGGAAGACUCUCCCUAAAUGCUUAUUUUGUUUUAACUUGUAACAUGUUAAGUAAAUACUAAAACCACUCUAAGAUGUUUUAGGUGCUGAUAACAUGUUUCACACUUGCUCUUGAAGAUGGCAGUACUGAAUUUUCAGUGAUGACAGUGUAUCCUGGUUGUGUUUACAGAACAGCAACAGUGAAACUGUCACACAAGCAUUUUACUUUUGGUAAGAAUGAGCCUGCCCAGCUGAUGUACUGUUUCAUGGAAUAAAGUCCUCUUAAUGGAAGGAAUUUAAAUAAUAGAUUAUUUUGUUACCUACUGGAAGAAUUUUUGUCUUGAAUUUGUUUCUUUAGAAUUCUACAAAAAAAUUGUUUAAUGUGUUAAUAAAUGUUUGCUUUCUAAAAUG